AUGGCAGCAGCAACUACCGGGCAAUAUUGCAUCAAUGCACGUACCAAAAUGGAACUUCAAUCCAUGAAAUAUUACUCAAAUUCAUCCUCACUCUCCACUUUUGGAUGGCGCUCAUCCUCUUCUAAUAAUUCUUACGUUAAAAGGUACUUGGUUACUUGUUCAUUGUCCAUGAACGGGUGCCACGGUGACCCAAGAGCACCAAUGGGAACAAUAGAGACAAGGACUUUGCCCGCGGUUCAGUCGCCGGCGUUGGCCAUGGACCGCCUGAACGCCGCCAUUGCCAACAUGCAAUCCGACCCUUCUGCUUAUGAAUCUGGGAUUAUUCGUCUUGAGGUCCCCAUCGAUCAGCAAAUCAGAGCGCUAGACUGGCUUCAAUCGCAAGACCAGAGCAACGUUCUUCCUCGCUGCUUCUUCUCUGGAAGAAAGAGGAUCACCAUUUCCGAUUUAUCCUUCAAUGGCCGCAUCAAUGGCAACGGAAACGGCCAUGGAAGCUCCCACAUUUCCACCUCAAUCGAACAGAACGACGUCGUCAGUGUAGCCGGUGUGGGCUCUGCAGUGCUAUUUCGCAGUCUCAGUCCAUUCUCUCAUGAUGAUUGGCUCUCAAUUAGAAGGUUUUUGUCAAAGAACUGUCCAUUGAUCCGUGCUUAUGGUGGAAUUCGCUUUGAUGGGAGGGCUAAUAUAUCUCCUGAAUGGAGGAGUUUUGGUUCAUUUUACUUCAUGGUUCCUCAGGUUGAGUUUAAUGAGCUAGAGGGAAGUUCAAAAAUUGCAGCCACAAUUGCAUGGGACAAUGCUCUUUCUUGUUCGUAUCAAAACGCUAUUGCCGCUCUUAAGUCAACGAUGGCUAAGGUUACCUCCCUUAUUAGAAAACUACGUGAAGAAUCCUCCCCCAUGCAUAUAACAAGAAAAGCUCAUGUUCCUAAUAGAUCGGCAUGGGAUGUUACAGUCAACCGAGCUUUGGAUGAGAUUAAAGCAGUGGAUUCACCAUUGACAAAGGUUGUACUUGCACGUAGUAGCCAAGUUUUGACCUCAAAGGAUAUUGACCCUUUGACAUGGUUGGACACGUUAAAGGCUGACGGAAAUGAUGUUUAUCAGUUUUGCCUUCAACCCCCUGAAUCACCAGCAUUCAUUGGGAACACACCGGAGCAACUAUUUCGCCGUGAUCAGUUGAAUGUUUUUAGUGAAGCUUUGGCUGCAACCCGUGGGAGGGGUGCAUCGCAGUCCUCUGAUCUUCAGAUGGCGCAAGAUUUAUUUUCCAGUAUUAAAGACCAUCAUGAAUUCACAAUUGUCCGGGAGAACAUAAAGGGAAAACUAGAGGCUAUAUGCUCUAGUGUAGCAGUUAAUCCAGAGAAAGUUGUACGCAAACUGGCCAGAGUUCAACAUCUUUAUGGUCGAUUUUCUGGAAAAUUGUACUCUGAUAAUGAUGAGUUCAAGAUUUUAUCCUCCCUCCAUCCAACUCCAGCUGUUUGCGGGUUCCCUGCAGAAGAUGCAAGGGCUUUCAUCACAGAGACUGAAAUGUUUGACCGAGGAAUGUAUGCCGGUCCUGUUGGUUUCUUUGGAGGAGCACAAAGUGAGUUUGCUGUUGGAAUAAGGUCGGCUUUGGUUGGAAAGGAUAUUGGUGCAUUAAUCUAUGCUGGACUUGGUGUAGUUGAAGGAAGUGAUCCUGCUCUGGAAUGGCAGGAAUUGGAACUGAAAGCAUCACAGUUCAUGAAGUUGAUGAAAUUAGAGGUGCCUGCUUUGGCGGCUGUAGCAUAG